ACAAAAGAGUUGCUUUUUCGUCUGGGCCGCCAGCAUGCCAUCCAGACUGAGGAAGACCCGGAAACUUCGGGGCCACGUGAGCCACGGCCACGGCCGCAUCGGCAAGCACCGGAAGCACCCUGGAGGCCGUGGUAAUGCCGGUGGCAUGCUUCACCACAGGAUCAACUUCGACAAAUACCACCCAGGUUACUUUGGGAAAGUUGGUAUGAGGCAUUACCACUUAAAGAGGAACCAGAGCUUCUGCCCAACUGUCAACCUUGACAAAUUGUGGACUUUGGUUAGUGAGCAGACACGGGUGAAUGCUGCUAAAAACAAGACUGGGGCUGCUCCCAUCAUUGAUGUGGUGCGA